GCUACAACCGGGUGAAUCAUGUGGCUAAAUAAACGUUACCAACCAAUGAUAACGCCAUAGAUGAAAACAUGUCUGCGCCCAUGAUGGAGUGUAAUUCAACUAUGCUUCAACUUUUAUCCGAUUAUGAUAAAUUACGUGGUCAAACCGAAAUGCCGUGUCGUGAGGACAGUUCACGUUUCUGGGAUCUAGUCGUCAUCACAACGGCAGACGAAGACCAAAAGCUUGCAUACGAGAAACAAAUCAAAGCUAAACGCAAGCGGAAGGAAUUGCCACCAAUUGCAAUUCAUGUGUUUGCCGAUCCCCCGGGUCCAAAAAUAGGCAAUGGCGGAUCCACGUUCCAUGCAUUGUUGCUGUUGCGGGACAUAGAGGGCAGCAGUGUUGAAAAUAAGCACAUACUGCUCAUUCAUGCAGGCGGUCAGAGCAAGAGGCUCCCAAGUGCCACCGUGGUUGGCAAGAUUUUCACUGCUCUACCUUUCGGCUCACCCAUGUAUCAGAUGUUGGACAUGAAGUUGGCCAUGUAUGCACCGUUCAUCCGUCGCAUGAAGCCGGGAGUGUUCCUUACAUGUGCGGACGAUAUCGAGGUGUACGAGCUGGGACGCGACGACGACUGGACCUUCUCCAACCCCGGCUUCACCGCUCUCGCCCACCCUUCACCUCUCUCCACCGGCACAGGACACGGCGUCUUCAUACUGCCGCAAGGUGGCGCCACCUCGCACGACGCGGCCACGCGCCCAGGUGGCGCCACGUUCACGAGCGAGUGCCUCGCCGUGCUGCAGAAGCCGACGGAGGCGAUGAUGCGGGAGCGCGGCGCGGUGCGGCACCACGAGGGGGCGCCGCCGUACGUCUACACGGACAGCGCGUUCUACUUCGAUGCCGGCGUCGCCGCGCGACUCCUGCGGUUCCGCGAGCGCGAGGGCGCCGCCGUCGCCGCGUGCGAGAUCGACGCGUACGGCGACUUCCUCGCGGCGCUUGGCGCGCGUGCGACGCCGGCCCACGUCCGCGACGCGCGAAACGUCACGACGGACUCCGGCGCCGCCCUGGUGGUGACACGCGAGCGGCUGUUCUGCGCACUCGCGGGCGUGCCCCUUCACGUCGUCGCGCUCAACCGCUCGACGUUCUACCACCUGGGAACGAUGCGCGAGUACCUCGGCCACCUGUGCGACGGAGGGGACCUGGCGGGACGUCUUGGAUUCGGGAGAUUCGUGUUCAGCCUCCAGCUGCGAUGCGGCGACGACGCAUCGGUGCCCGCCAUGAGCGGAGACAAGAUGGAGGGACGGCGUCGUGUAGCUGCUAGUGAUCGUGGGACAGGUGGGUAUCAGGGUGGGGUGGGGGAUGAGCAGGGUGGGGCAGGGGAUGAGCAGGGUGGGGCAGGAGUCGGUCAGGCCGUGGCGGGAGCCAGACAUAGCAGGGUCUCCGUGAAGCCCCGCGCUGCUGUGCAGGGAUGCAUCAUGCACAGCAUCCUCGCCGACGGCUCGACCGUGCAUCGCCGCAGCGUUGUCGAGUACUGCCGCUUCGAGCGUCCCGUCGUCGUCGGCGACCGCUGCAUCGUCAGCAACUGCAGCUUCGUGACGAGUGAAGCAGCGGUGGCGCCCUCUACGCUGCGCGUUCCCACGGGCGCGUUUCUGCACACGGUGCCCGUGCAGCGCGGCGGCCAGCUGUUCUACGCUACCGUGACGCUGCGCACCGACGACGACGUCAAACGCUCCGUCGCCGUGGCGACCGACGGUGGCGCCCUCUCUUACCUCGGAGCGCCGCUGUCCGACUUCCUGCGACCCGCCGCCGAUUCUGACGGUGCUGCCACCUGGGGGCAGAUUUUCGAAGCGGGCGCGACGGAGUUCAGUCUGUGGACGGCGAAGUUGUUUCCGCUCUCGUCGACGAUGGCCGCUUCGUUCGUCUCCGCUCUGUCGCUCCUUCGCUCGGUCGAAGCGGGGGAGCGUGUUUGUCGUUCUGACGGUGCAGACGACGUGUACGUGUCGCUGGCAGACGUGACGCGGAUGAAAGACUUGGAAGAUCUGUUGCGAUAUCGAACGGAACUACAUGAGAGUAUCUUUGCCGGACACAGCCCAGUGUCACAUUGACGUGCGGCAAGAAUUCGAUGAAAAUGGACACGAAAAUGUGUCAUAUAUUACACAAAUAAGCUGUAACAUUGAUCCACACGUUCAUA